AUGGCAGACACCGCAGAGACCAAGCCCGCCCAGUCCGCGGAGCCUACCACCGCCGCAAACAAGGAAGAGGAAGACAACUUCAACCCCGAAGAAGAAGUCACUGAGGGAAACUGGAACACGCCUCAGGUGGAAGUGCACGAGGUCCAAGUGGAGACUGGCGAAGAAGACGAGGAAGUUUUCUGGAAAUCCCGUAGCAAGCUCUACCGGUGGGUGAGCGCCGGGGGCGACUCCAAGGCGGCGGGCGAGUGGAAGGAGCGCGGCAUUGGCGAGGCGAAGCUCCUCCGCCACAAGCAGUCUGGCAAGAUCCGCUUCCUCCUCCGCCAGGAGAAGACGCUGAAGAUCGUCGCCAACCACUACGUCGUCGCGAACGGCGUCUACUGCCAGCUGACACCGAACGUGAGCAGCGAGAAGAUCUGGGUGUGGACGGUCAUGGACUUCGCCGAGGGCGAGCUGAAAAACGAACAGUUCGCACUCAAGUUUGGUCAAGUCGAGCAGGCGCAAGAGUUCAAGAAGAAGUUCGAGGAGGCUGCGGCGCUGAACGCGAAAAUCUUCGGCAUCGCCGAGUCUGAGAAGGCAGAGAAGAAGGAGAAGGAAGAGAAGGUGGAGGACAAAGGGGAGUCCAAGUAG